GGCUGGGUGCGCACCAUGGCCUCGCACCAGCUGGUGGUGAGCCCCCCGGAGGCCCUGCUCAAGCCCCUGCUGGUGCCCAACCGGCUCCUGCUGGGGCCGGGCCCUUCCAACCUGGCUCCACGCGUUCUCGAGGCUGGAGGACUGCAGAUGAUCGGCCACAUGCAUAAGGAGAUGUACCAGAUAAUGGACGAGAUCAAGCAGGGCAUCCAGUACGUGUUCCAGACCAGGAACCGCCUCACGCUGGCCAUCAGCGGCUCAGGGCACUCUGGCCUGGAGGCCGCCCUCUUCAACAUCCUGGAACCUGGGGACUCCUUUCUGGUCGGGGUCAACGGCAUGUGGGGGCAGCGGGCAGCUGAAAUCGGGGAGCGCAUCGGAGCCCGCACACACCCGAUGAUCAAGGACCCUGGAGGCUACUACACGAUGCAGGAGGUGGAGAAGGCCCUCGCCCAGCACAAGCCGGUGCUGCUGUUCCUGACCCAGGGGGAGUCCUCCAGCGGGGUGCUGCAGCCCCUUGAUGGCUACGGGGAGCUCUGCCACAGGUACCAGUGCCUGCUCCUGGUGGACUGUGUGGCAUCCCUGGGCGGGGCCCCCAUCCACAUGGACAGGCAAGGCAUAGACAUCUUGUACUCGGGCUCCCAGAAGGUCCUGAAUGCCCCUCCGGGCACCGCACUCAUCUCCUUCAGUGACAAGGCCAAAAAUAAGAUCUACAGUCGGAAGACGAAGCCCUACUCCUUUUACCUGGACAUGCAGUGGCUGGCCAACUUCUGGGGCUGCGACGACAAGCCCAGGAAAUACCACCACACGACCCCUGUCAUCAGCCUGUUCAGCCUGAGAGAGAGCCUGGCGCUCAUUGCUGAAGAGGGCCUGGAGAACACUUGGCGACGGCACCGGGAGGUCACCUCGUACCUGCAAGGGCGCCUGCAGGGGCUGGGCCUGCAGCUCUUUGUGAAGGAUCCCGCGCUCCGGCUGCCCACUGUCACCACGGUGGCCGUGCCUGCUGGCUACGACUGGAGAGACAUCAUCAAGUACAUCAUGGACCACUUCUCCAUCGAGAUCUCGGGCGGCCUCGGGCCCUCCUUGGGGAAGGUGCUGCGGAUCGGCCUCCUGGGCUGCAACGCCACCAGGGAGAAUGUGGACCGAGUGAUCGAGGCCCUGGAAGAGGCCCUGCAGCACUGCCCCCGGAACAAGCUAUGACCUAGCCACCUGGUCACCUGGCCACAC